AUCAUCACUUUCAGCCAGGCUGUCGGCGCUAAACCCUCAUCAGAGCUUUCCCCAACCUCUCUGAAUAGCAUAAGAACGAUCUGUUCCAUCGCCAGUCCAUGCACGAGAGCAGCCGCCGUCGCUACGUCAUUCAUGUCUUCAUGCUCUGCUUUCGACCGGCCACAGUCGGUUCAAGGCUCCCCGCUCUCGCCGGCAGGCCUUCACAAGCUUUUAUCCAGCAUCACGAGGAUACGAAAGACGUGCCAGCAUGUUUCUGACAUUGUCAAUAUUCCCUGGCUCUCGUCUGAAAGCUGGAGGCCGCCGGUGGCAAUAUCCACCGAAGAUCCUGUCUUGCCAUCCUUUGACCACAAAAUCUUGACAAGAGCUGCUCACUUCUGCCUGAGCACCUUUGGCAUAGAUGAAGAUUGUCUAGACUUUGCAAAGAGGGCCCCUCCUGCAUCGACACCUAUUUGGGAAUCCGAUUCUCUUCACUUUCCUUCUAAGCCGACUAGUCUUCUACGGUCCUUACACAACUUUCUCAAGCCUUACCCACAUUCUUCUUUGUUCUCCAUCAAGUUUACCCUGCGCGCUCUUCGCUGGUGUUGUGGGCUUUUGAUGACAGAAAACAGUUGUUCGCCAGAUUCUUUGGUCUAUGUUCGAUCGGAUAAAUACCUAGAAAAAAGGAGUGGCAGAGGAAAUCCCUCUGGCAACAUUUCAUUUGUCGAAGUUUCUUCUCCUUCAAAUUGGCGACGCGAGAAUGCGAACAAGUCGGUCUUAGGCCCUAACUAUCCAUUCCAAGUGUUGAAUCCUUCUAGUCAAGCAGACCUUAGCAGCCCGCUAUGUGUUUUAUUUGUCGAAGAGAGCAGAGAGCAACCGUCUAUUCGUGGACCAUGUACAGGCUCUGCAGCUGCGCAUGAUAUCUUGCAGGGCGAUGGUGUUAAAGGAUGCGAUCGGAUGACAAGAAACUAUUUAUCCAAGUCUGAUGGCUCCAGCGAUCCAGAAGACAACGCAGAGUGGAACAAAAGAGUAGAGGACAGCAGUUCAAGGGCGCCAGCGGACGGCGAAACAUCGAAAAAGCCAUCGAAAAGCCAGAGACCAAACUCCCACUACGACGAAGGUACAAAUGGGACAACGAAAACGGACAAAAAACGAAAACGAGACUCGCCCGAGAGAGACGACGACGACUUUGACGAUUCUGGCAGAGGCGGCGGCAGACCCAAUAGCGGCAAGAGAAGGAAGGAUGAGGAAGAAGAAUCGGAAAAGAACAAAUUCGCAUGCCCAUUCUACAAGAAUGAUCCGCAGGCAUUCAGGGCAUCCAGGACAUGCGUAGGACCUGGCUGGUCCAGUGUCCACAGGGUCAAGGAACAUAUCUUUCGCCGGCACAUGUUAUCAGAUACUCAAUGCCACGACUGCAUGGAAGACUUUGAAACACAUGUUGCGCUUGACGAACACCUCGAGACUCCAUGUCGACUGAAGCCACCUCUAAAACCACAUGGCAUCAACAAAAAGCAAGAGGGACAGUUAAGAAGUAGAAAGAUGUAUCAAAAGUCUCUCGAUGAAGAGGAAAAGUGGCGUGCCAUAUACAAGAUCAUUUUCCCAGAUGCGCAAGGCAUUCCCAGUCCUUACUAUGAACCAGAGGUUCCUGAGUUCCCAGACUACUAUCGACAGAUGUUUUUACGAAAACUGCCUGGAAAUGUUACAGAGCAGUUGAUAGCGCCGGGAUCAGAGUUGAUGAAACACAUCACAACCAAUGCGGUAGCAAACCAGCAAAUCUCAACAAGAGAUGCUGGUAGGAAAUUGAGUGGAGGAUACACCUUGCCAAGUUCAACCCAGGUAUCAGCGAAGGAACAACUGGUACAGCAGAUCCAAAACGCGGUAGAGGCUGCGGUGCGAAAGACUCUCUCGCAGGUGGACGCACCAAAACAAUCGAAUAGCGAGCCCCCGAUUCCAACCCUGAAAUUUGAAGAUCUCGAGGAGGACACAAAAGUCCCGAUGGAGAAGGGGACACAAGCUCAGCCUGCAGGCCCGGCUCUACUGCAAGAUAAUCUGCUGCAACCCCAAAGCAUGGCUGGAGUCGGGUUGAAACCUGAGUACCAGACCCCCACCAGCUCAGUUUUGAGUCUUUCGCCUGAUCCGCAGUUUGGAGGUAUGGCUGAACCGAUUCUCCUGCACCCAGCCGGGCCAACCCCCGAGGAGCUUGAAUGGCGGUUCUCGCUUGACGAGACUACCUCUGAUAGUUUAUUCCAGCAUACAGCUAGAGAGAGCGCGAUUCCAGAACCUGGCCGCCUCACUAACAUCUGGGACAACAGUCUCACUAUCCCGUCAGGUGGGAUAUACGCAUCCACUAGCCCAGGUUUAAACCUAUCUGUUUCUGGGCCGGCAAUCGUUCAAAAUCAAGGGCAUUUCUCUGUGCCAGAGGCACAACUGGAAAACUUUCAGCUUGACUCCUGGAACUUUGAGCCUAUACGGUCUGCCGACUCGGGGUAUGAGUCUAUUGCUGGUCCUUCGGACAGUAACGGUCUUGAAAAUUUGGAUACCGACUACCUGUUUUUCCAAUCGGACCUCCAAGGAUGA